GCGGCUCAGAGAGCAAUCAGUCCCACGUCGCUCGCCGACACGCGCGCCCGUUCCGCGCUUUUCGCUUUCGUGACAACCCUAUGGACUACGAUCGACUAAACGACAUCAAACUUAAUCGUAACUUCAUACCCUUGUAUAAUCACCCGAACGAACCAAGCGUGUUACAACCAAACGAAAAUGACUCUAAAACUCCACCCUGUUAACUUUUCCCCGCCCUCGAACACAUAUUUUUGUGAUUAGCAAUUUUAACAAUCCUACUCAGUUUCCUCUAUCCAACAUGCAUCUCAGAAAUUUAUACCGAAACCUAUUUAUACACAAGAAACGACUGAAACUUUCUACUUGCAACCUUUAAAAGUUUAUACCUUUGUAAUAAACAAUUUACACGAAUUUAUAAAUAGUUUUGGACAUUAUUUUUAUCCUAAUAGUAACUCUAUCGUAACUCUUGAUAAUAAGUGUGACCAAAGGUUUGAAUAAAGUAAAACUAUAGACUGUUUAGACUUUAAUAGUGUGCUAUAUCAAAAGUGUUUUAAAUACAGUGUGCUGUUCAUCAUUUUUAGAAACUAGUGUGUGUUUUAGUGCCCUUAGUGUGUUUGUUUAUGUUACAGCUACAUAGCCGAAGCUUUUGGUUGAAGACAUCUUAAGGACUAGCGACAAUUUACGCGAAGAAAAUUAUCCUACCUCCUAUACAUGGCUCAAAAUCUCUCCCAUAAAACAUUCCUUACUCCUAUCACGCAACAAAAAGUAAACAUUAGAGUUAAUAAACAUUCCACGGUUUUCGUUUUCCUAAAAGUCUUGCAAUCGUAAUAGCAUUGCGAUAGUAAAUGAAUCAGCCAUAUCAAACGGCAAAGUAAGUAGGUAGUAAGACAAACGCGCGUAAACCUCUUCGGAGGGCGCGAGGGGCCGGCGCGAUGCGGUCUCGCCAGGGAUGUACGUAAUAUAUCCUGCGGACGAAGUAGUUUCCCUGACAUACAGCUCGCAUUCGCUGCCACGGCCUCGGCAGCGACCGACGCUCGAUAUCAUCAUCGGGCCUCCGCCGCCCUCGCCGAGAAGCGCGAAUCUCCUGACCCCGACCCCCGCCCCGCCCCGCGCCGCCUCCGUCCCCAAAACGGCGCCCCCGGAGUCUGCGGAGCGCGCGCCGGCUUCGCCGACGCCGUCGCUCGAGCGGCCGGCUAAGCUGCGCGAGCGCACCAAGGCAACCAAACUUUUUAAAAAGCUCGGUCGUCAUGAGGACUCAGAGUUCGGCAAAAUAGUAAGGACCCCAGCUCCCGAUGAAUUCGAGUUGCCCGCUCCGCUCCCCACGCCCGCCUUUUCGCGGAAGAACAUUUUUGACAGGGACUUCGAUGCCCUGUUCGAAGUUGCAAGCACGCCCGAAUUCUGCGCGAAUAUACGCGUGACGACUCCAGAGCCGGACCGUCGGUCCGAUGUGUCGGCGGCGCACUUCCCGUCCCCUGCGGCGUCCUCCCUUAGCUUACUACCUCCCCGUCCAUACUCAGAGCCCGCCCCGAGUUCCUCUCCGACGCUAUCCGCUCGCACCUCCUCGCCAUCUACGCCUCCGACUCAACGAUCGUCGUUCGAAGGAACAAAUUCAAAGCCGAAGAAAGUUAGCUUUUUCCGAAAGCUUAGUCGAGCGAAAGAUCCAUCACCAGCUCGCUCAGCCAACAUGCAGCAGCCGUCCAUAGAGAUGGCCCUUCGGGAGCUGACGCACCCCGCGCAUAAUGAACAACUGAAAAAUCAACAACAAGUCACAUUCAAGCUAGUCAAAUCUGUUGGCGACUUCACAACCCAGCUGUCGCAGUUGUACGAGCGCCACUCUGCAGAACUACAACUCCUUGUGGCAAGUUUUCGGAAGCGGAACAGCGAACUGAGAAAAGAAAGAGCCACCUGUCCGUCAUCUCUAUUCCACACGUGGGAGACCCUGCUGCAGGAAGUAGAAGCCGAUGUGGUCGGGUACAGCAACGCUGCUUCUGCCCUAGAACGGGUGGUCGCUACACCGCUCAUAGAGAAGACUUUCCACAUGAAGGUGCAGGCGAGGAAACUCUUCGCACAUCGAGAGGGUUGUGAACUAAUUCUGAGUAAAGCCGAUGACCAACUUAACAAGAGUCGCCAGGACUACCGGACAGCGUUCCUCAACUACUGUAACAACUCCAACCCAACAAACCUGGCGAUGUACUACGAUUCGCACAACAACUACGUGCAGCAACUGACGGCCACCAACGCCAUGAUGGAGCAGUACCAUAAGCAUACAUUGCCUACUAUAUUGCAGGAGCUGGAGGAAAUUUUGACUGAUGUUACAACCGCCGUCAGCGACGCCAUUUGUCAGGAGGGUGAAAUUAUGACAGACAAGAGCACCAACCAGCUCCGGCGAUACGAGUCCCUGUGCGCUCAGGCUCGUGCUGUGUCAAGCACGGCGGACUUGGCACACCUAGCACGCACUCUACUCACCAUCCAACCGCCAAUAAGGACGUCGAAAAGAGCUUUCCUGCCGCCUUAUCCACCCGAACCAGACGAUCCGCCAUUGGAUGUUCCAGCGGAAUGUAUGCCACCGGUUCUGCGCGGAGAGAUGCUGCUGGAUCGGAUGGCGGGCGGACAGGCGCGACUCAACUACGAGCAGCUUCGAAAAGACGCUAUAGAAUUAGAACUACAAAUUAAGCAGUUACAGGAUGGCCUGGAUGCGCUAGCGCGAAUACAAGCUCGAAGUCUAGAAAGCAGCAUCUACAGCAAAGUCAAUGAAAUACAGGAGGAAAUUUCAAUAAAAAAGUAUGACUACCGUGCUACGCAGCUACAUCUAGCAGCAGUUAGAGCUCAAAGGGAGUUGUUCGCGGCGAAAGCGGACAGUAGCACGGCAGCAGCCGACCGCAAGCUAUCGUCUUCAUCCGCAGGCAGCAUGAAGAACAAGUGGCUCAAAGCUUUCCGAAGCCUAAAACCACCCAGUGCACCUCCGCCCCACGCCGCUCCGCCUGACAAAAAAAAUCAAAUGUACCACGCGGUGUCAACGGUUAUGGCGAUGAGACGAAAUGGAGCCUCCCGUGAUUUGAGAGGGGAUUCUGACGCACACAACUUUCAAGAAUAUACUUACAAGAAAAUUACACCCUGUGAUAUCUGCUCUCAAGUACUUAGAGGGCACACGCGUCAGGGUCUACGAUGCAGAAUAUGUAAGAUGAACGUGCACACAGAUUGUAUGCCGCAAGUUGGCAAGUGUCAGACCAAGUCGCGCCUCCUCAGGAGACAGAAAAGCACAUCGGAAAUCGAAGCACACCGGAUACAAGAAGCUGCAUUCGACGAAGAAAAGGAGGAAGUGGAUCAGACCUACCAAGUUCUGAAGCGGGCCAACGAAAUAUCGAAGCCCGGGGGCGGCGCGGGCGCUGCGGGCGGCCCCGUAGUGCGCGUGUCGGCGGCGCCGGAGCAGCCGCCGCCCGCGCGCUCGCCGGCGCGGCCCGGCGCGGGGCUGGCGGGGCUGGCGGUGGCGCCGCAGCCCGUCUCCUCCAGCUCAGCGCCGCACUCACCGAGACGCCAAAAGUUGAACCUUAGGAUGAAGAGUCUGUCCUUGGAUUCGCCUGAGUGUGGAGAGCUGAGACGUCGCCCUAGGGACCAACCUUCACAAGGCAGCCGAGUAUUAUGUGACUACAGAACAUAUUGCAUGAGAUAUGGCUCCAAUAGAAUAAGUAACCAUAUGAUUCAUCACUUUGCCAAUUCUCAAUCAUCACCAUCGUCGCCAGUACACAGCCGAAGACACUUGAGUGCUCGAAUGGGUCGCAUGAGCAGCGUGGAACUGCCCGAUGAGCCGGAUAAGAGCCUGUCAUCCAACAGCACUAGUCCAUGUCCGUCGCCAGUCAAGCAACAUAGCAAGCAUCAGCGACUAUUACCUACAAACUUGUACGUGGUUCUUUACAACUUCAAGUCGCGUCAUGCCGAUGAACUGGACCUGAAGGCGGGCUACAAGGUGACAGUGAUCGAUACUUCCGACCCUGAUUGGUGGAAGGGCAAAUGCUUGGGCAAGAUUGGUUACUUUCCAUCAAAGUACUGCACCAAGCUCCAUGCUGGAGAACGACCUCUUCAAGUAACGCAUAAUUUGCAAGUAGGCGGUGAGACGUCGGAUGGAGAGCCCGGUCUGAUGCUUCUUCGCGAUCAGAUCGUCAUUCAAGUUGCGGAUGAGCUCGACGGCAUGGUGAUGAUUCGCUCGGGCGAUAACCGCCAGGGUGUGUGUCCGUCGAAGUAUCUACAGGAGGUGUGACGCUUCAAGCUACCCCACUUUAAUGUUAUGAGGAGGCGUAGCUCAUUGUCCGAAGACUGUAGCAAGUAUUACGAACCGAAACCGAAACCAACCCGCAGUGCUCCAGUGACACCCUGCGACAGCGAAACCUCCACCUGGUCGGAGACAUACGAAUCGUUCAGAACACGGCAAUCUGACAAAGCCAGCUACGAAGCAUCGACAGAAGGCAUGUGGUGGUGGCGAAGACCCUUAGGCGUGAGAAGAACAACUUGCAGACGUUGUGGAGCCUCAUCUUCCAGCAGACCCUUGCAAAUGACUGCAUGUGUACCGCCAGAUGAUUAUUACGACUAUCAACGCCCGAUCACGUCUGGUGAUCGACCUCUGAACUUCUUUAGGCAAUUGUUUCUUUAGAUUUUUUUUUAUCUGAAUUGUUUCUCUUGAUCUAUGAGUUACUUAUAGAUUUAUUAGCGUACUUCAAGUAUUUUUUUGUGAGUACAAUACAUAAUCAAAAUACCUACCAUCUAUGUACGUAAGUAUUUAUGAAAUACUGAAACCAACCAACCAUCAAAAGGAUCUAAAUACCUACAAACGAACAAAACAUCUGGAUGGUACUCACUCUCCUAUGUUCUUAAUACCUACUUAUUUAAGUAGGUAUGCUUUUUAGGUAGGUUCUUUAAUAUAAAAAAAAACUAUCUUGUGUUUAAAGUUUAGAAUAGUUUAGAAAAAGAUAAAUUUUAGUUUUAAUUUUAUUAUUUCUCAGUUUCCUACCUCUGAUAAAAUCCUUGCGCUGUUUUACCUACUAUUUUGGAAAUUUUAUAUUUCUUAAGGCCUAUUUAUUAAUAAUGAAAUCCUUCCAUAAUUAGGGUUAUUUUAGAAUAUUUUUUAUCUUUGCGUAAUUAUAUACAAUACAUAGCGACAUAUCAUUUAUAAAUACAAGUAUACCAUAAAUAUAAAAAAAAAUUAUAUACAAAUGAACUCCUUGCCGUAUAUAUUGUUAUUAAAUUAUAUAUUCGUGUUUAGCUAAAUGUAAGGAAUGUAUUAUUUAAUCAUUAAUUAUAAAUAAAGCUUUAUGGUUUUUUUUAUUAAUAAUCCGUUUCUUGACUUUUUAAAAUAUCUACAGAUACUAAUUGUUUGAUAAAAAAGCGUGCCAGUGGCGGAUUAAGAGUGGGCCGCCGCUUCUAAGCUUCUAAAUUUUGAGAUUUUAAGUUUAAAAUAUGUUUAGUAAAUAAAAACCAUUAUGGUGUUAGAGGCCUCCGUAAAAUAAGAACGAGAAAGUCGUGGAUACCAUAUGAACGUUUCUGAUAUAAAAGAAAAAUUUUUGCUUGCACUUUUAUUCAAUAUUUUAUGUUUAAUUGAAAUACAUAUUUAAAUUCAAUAUACGUGUACAGUAAGAAUUUUCUGUUCAUUUUCAAAUCCAGUAAGCAUUUUUCUAUAAAAGUCAUUAAAAAAUCGUGCUGGCUUUGCUUGCACUGUUAUUUAAUGCUACUUGCUGAUCUACUUGUUUUAUAUUAUUUUUAUUGGUGCCUAGGUAUCUCUUCUAAGUUUUAUUUAUUUCAGUGAAAAACUAGGGCUUCUUACAUUUUAUUACAAAAUCGUUACUUAUCGUUCGACUCCUCCUCUGAGGGAGUCGAACCCGCGAAAAAAAACAUUGAAGAAAACGGGGACCUCAUUUAGGUCGCUGCCCAGAGACCAGAGAUAGCUUGCAUCCCAGGCAUUCCCGGAGAUAGACCUGGGCUACUUUUUGUCCCGGAAAAUUAUGGAGUUCCCGCGAGAUUAAAAGGUCCUAAAUCCACGGAGAUGAAUUCUCGAGCAUGAUCUAUUUGGUACAGAGAUAAAUUGCAUCCUGGAAAUGGAUAUAAUAUGCUACUUUUCAUCCAGGAAAAUCGGAGUUCCCGUGGGAUGUAUAAGAAACCUGAAUUCGCGGGCAUCAUCUAGCCCGCUAGCAUCUAGGGCUAUCUAUAGGUAGGUCAAUACCUAUCUAUAUAAGUUAUCUAUAAUAUGAUUAUGAUAAUGGUAGUUACCACAGUGAUAUUUUACAAAAUACUUGUAAUAAAUAGCUUGUUUAAUGGAUAUGUGAGUGGUGAACAAUGACCAUAUUAAUAACUAAACUAUAAUAUUUCUUGGUUAUAUUUUGUUUUCAUUUAUGUCCUUUGUUGUUUAUCGUGAUGAUAAGUAAUCAAACUAUUGUAGAAAACAAUUGUUUCUUAAUAUCUAGAUAUUAUACGUUGGUACAAGACUUUCUGGUUGAAUUUUUAAACUGAUUUACAUAAUUUUAUUUAAUUAAUAAAAUGAUCAAUAUUUUCUAGGUCUAUACUUAUAAUUUUUAGGUCAUCCAUAAGGUGAUUUAGUUAGCUUAAGAAAAUUAUGAACGUCGUUAAAUCUCAAUUAUCAUGAAAUUAUAUAGAUUUAGCAAAUUGCAGUGUUAAAAAUCCUACGCUAUGAUAAUGUGUAGAAUUCAAAUAGCAAAGGUACCUAAAUACAAAGUCAAUUUUUCUUUGUUAAGCUCCUUAGUAGGUAUAGUAGAGCCAUUUUAAAAAGCCCCUUUUGACAUUUCGCAAAAGUAACUGUCUACUUAGUAUUAGAUUUUACAUCUCACCAACGUUGAUAGAAUUCGAGCGUUGAAACACAACGCUCGAAUAAAACGAUAGAGUAAAUUGGGCUUCAUUUGUGCCACCAGUUUUAUUUUCACAGUAUUUCCGCUUGGAGCGCUGGCUUUAGAUCUAUAAACAAACUUGAGCCAUUUUACUUUGACGAUAAAGUUUUUCGACGCUCGAGUUCUACCAACGUUGCGUUGGCGAGAUGAAAAUCUUAUGCUAAACCUAUUGACCACUGACCGCCUCACUUUGCACAGACCACAAAAUAUUAUGAUCACUGACGUUUAUUCUUAUUUUAACAACAGGACGUUGUCUUUUAAUAUGAAUGAAUUCGGAGAGCUCCCCAUACAAACGGAGUUUCAUUCCUAUUUGAAUAUUAUAAGCUAAUCAAACCCGAUGUAAUUUUUUAUAUACUUAAGUACUGUACAACCAAAUAUUACCAAUAGGUAUGUAAUAAAUAUCUUAAAUACUUAUAUUAUUAUUAUUUUAAAUUUAAAACAGCAUUGAGUACCUACCUAGAUAUAUUUUUGAGAAACCAAUCUGUAAGUAUCAAAAGAUUGACAGUAUAAUAUAGAUUUUCUUCAUAUAGAUACAUAUUAUAUUCAGCAAAUACCGUCAAAAGUUGCUUUUUAAAUUCGCUCUACGAUGUAUUUUAUAUUUCGUUACUUGUUAGCUAACUAUGGAAGCUUUAGAUGUACGAAAAAGACAGCAUGCAUAAAAAUACCUAUUGCAAUGAUAUUACAUAAUAUAUUUUUAUCAUAAUAAAUAUUAUGUAAUAUCAUUAAUUAAUCGUAUUAUGUUUAUUUAACACGUUUAAACCGUCCCCUUGAAAAUUAAGUGUAAUUGACAAAAUAUAAUGUUGUACCUAUUAUAUGAAAUUACUAAACAUUCCUUACGUAAAACAUUGUUUAUAAAAUAUUAUAAUAUUACAAAUUAUACCUACUUAAUAUUAAAGAAUUUAAAAUACCUAGAUAGGAUGGAUCUUAAUAAUUAUGAACUUUAUUUUUAAAAACUUAAAGAAAUUCCUGAAUUUUUCUUGUGUUAAUAGUUAAUUUAUAUAUUUGCCGUAUAAGAUUUGUUACCAAAAUCAAAAAAUUAUAUUAUGUAAAUAAUUAUAUCAUGUUUAACUACAUAAAAUAUCCGUAUUUUGGUGUGAGCACAUUUAAUAAAAAUAUAAUUGUACAAAAUAUAUAAAUCGCAUAAUCUAUAUAUAAACUUAAAACGCAUCGCGCGUGUAAAGAGAAAGUAAAAAUGUAUUACACCACGAUUGUAUUUAAUUACAAAGAACCAAAUAAUGAAUUUGAUUAUUGUUUAUUAGAACUUAACUUUUAGCUAGAUUUAGG